AACUUGGCCUGGAGAGUGAGCGAGCGCGCGCACGCGUCUGUGUGUGAGCGAGUGUGUGUGUGUAUAUAUGUAUGUUGCAUAUUGGCAGCGGGGUAAGUGGAGGCUGGGUGGCUCCGACUCUCUGACGCCAGUGAGACCAGAUCAAUCCAGGCGCAGCAGCAGAGCGAGCGCACGGCUGCUUGGCGGCGGCGGCGCUGGAAGCGGGAGCGGCAAAGGAGGAGAGAAGGGGGGCGGCAAAGGCAAAAAACCCCAAAAGCAGAGCGGGACUUCGCUCAUCGGCCCAGCGGCGGCGGCGGGUGGCUCGUUUGCACGCUCUUUUCCCGUCUCCCUCCUCCUGCUCGCCCCACCGAGAGCCGGUGCCUGACUUACAUUUGGAAUCCCAAAGGCUAAAGAAAGAACAUCUGACAAGCUGGAAUGUUAGUUUCAACUUUCCAAGAUCUCUGGGUUAGGAAGAUUAAAGGAAUCAUAUAAAUUUGUCCAAGACUGUUGUAGGGCAGCCCUUGAAGGAUUUGCUGUUCUCAAGCGUUUGAUCACUCACCAUGAACGUGACGAGCUUGUUCUCCUUCACAAGCCCAGCUGUUAAAAGACUGCUAGGAUGGAAGCAAGGGGACGAAGAGGAAAAAUGGGCUGAGAAAGCUGUUGAUGCCCUAGUAAAAAAACUGAAGAAGAAAAAGGGAGCAAUGGAAGAGUUGGAGAAGGCAUUGAGUUGCCCAGGUCAGCCCAGCAACUGUGUCACAAUUCCCCGUUCGCUGGAUGGCAGACUCCAGGUGUCCCAUCGGAAAGGGCUGCCCCAUGUAAUUUAUUGCCGUGUGUGGCGCUGGCCCGAUCUGCAGAGCCAUCAUGAACUUAAACCACUGGAAUGCUGUGAGUUUCCCUUUGGUUCAAAGCAGAAGGAAGUUUGCAUCAAUCCCUAUCACUAUAAGCGAGUGGAAAGUCCUGUUCUUCCUCCAGUGCUUGUUCCGAGACACAGUGAAUACAACCCACAGCACAGUCUCCUGGCUCAAUUCCGCGUGCCACAAAAUGAGCCACACAUGCCACACAAUGCUACUUUCCCAGACUCUUUCCAACAGCCCAAUAGCCAUCCGUUUCCUCACUCGCCCAACAGCAGCUACCCAAACUCCCCAGGAAGCAGCAGUGGCACCUAUCCUCACUCACCUGCCAGCUCGGACCCAGGAAGUCCUUUCCAGAUGCCAGCUGAUACUCCCCCUCCUGCUUACCUGCCUCCAGAAGAUCAGAUGACACAGGAUGGUUCACAGCCAAUGGACACCAAUAUGAUGGCACCUUCAAUUCCACCAGAAAUAAGCAGAGGAGAUGUUCAGGCAGUUGCUUAUGAAGAGCCAAAACACUGGUGCUCUAUUGUCUACUAUGAGCUCAACAAUCGUGUUGGAGAGGCAUUUCAUGCCUCUUCAACAAGUGUGUUGGUCGAUGGCUUCACUGAUCCUUCAAACAACAAGAACAGAUUUUGCCUAGGGCUGCUCUCCAAUGUUAACCGGAAUUCCACCAUUGAGAACACCAGGCGGCAUAUUGGCAAAGGAGUUCACCUGUAUUAUGUUGGUGGUGAAGUCUAUGCAGAGUGCCUUAGUGACAGUAGUAUAUUUGUGCAAAGUCGAAAUUGCAAUUACCACCAUGGCUUCCACCCAACUACAGUCUGCAAAAUUCCAAGUGGCUGCAGUUUGAAAAUUUUCAACAACCAAGAGUUUGCUCAACUUCUGGCUCAGUCGGUGAACCAUGGCUUUGAAACUGUGUACGAACUCACCAAGAUGUGCACUAUCCGUAUGAGCUUUGUAAAGGGUUGGGGAGCAGAGUAUCACCGGCAAGAUGUCACAAGCACACCGUGCUGGAUUGAGAUUCACUUACAUGGUCCCCUUCAGUGGCUGGAUAAAGUUCUUACGCAGAUGGGCUCUCCUCAUAACCCAAUCUCUUCUGUGUCUUAAAAGGAUUCUGAGCAGCUACACUUAAGAAACUAUUGAGCCUUGCAUGUACUUGAAGGAUGUAUGAGUCAGACACAUGUACAAAACUGGCAGCAGCCUUUAUUAUACUUGACCUCUGUGACCAACUGUUAGAUCAGGAAAAGCCGCUACUAAGUUGUUGGUAUCAAGACUUUUUAGUUUACAUAGUAGUAAUCUUUAUACAGGGCAGCGUGUAAUAGCUAGGGAUGACCCAAGUCUGCGUAAUCUGGACGCUGUUCUCAAGCAAUCUUAUCUAGAACACUAAGAUCCCCUUGUGCUGAAUAUCCAUUGUGUUUUGCGUUCUGGGAAGAGUACCAAAAAAGAAGAAGGCUACUCUCCUUUUUAACAAGCUUCUCACAAUAUUCGAAAGCUAAUGGUUCUUGGUAAUAGUUGCUAUCCUCAGAAAAAUUAAGGCUUCUGUGUAAUCUUCUGAAACUGUGUACUGACCAUACCGCUGCAAGAAUUUUUAGGUAUGCUCUUUGCUAAAUGUAUGUACAGUGUAUCUGGAAGUUAGAGAUGGACUAGCCUAAAGAAAUAUAGUUGCGGGAGGCGGGUGGGAAGGGAAGCUGACAUGGACAGGUAGAAUUAUACUGUAAACAUAGCUUGUUAAACAAGUCCAAGUCUUGCUGUGUGCAUUUCAUUUUUAUAGAGGCUUCAUCUUACUAACUGAUAUAUUUCUGCCCAAGCACAGCUUCAUGGAGCAAGGCUGGGUCAAUAAACGCUUUUGUCAUGUACUGCAAGGUCUGUAUAUUUCAAGACAAACUAUACAGCCUUUUAAAGAUUGGACAGUUUUAUGCAGUUCACAUAACAGAAGUAGCUGUUUUCGUUUUGUAAGAGGUUUGUGUUUUGCCAACUUAGCAGAUGUUAGCACAUGUUGGGAGGACUUAAACAACCUAUUCAAGUGUUUCAGACUUAAAGGUUAAUUUUUUACCAUUUAAAUUGUUUUCUUUCUGCUAAUGUUUUUAUAUUCAUUCAAGCUGUAGUACUUUUCCAGUAUUUUUUUAUUCCAAAACUUAGUGGUUCAUCUCUACUGAAGUUCAAAUAAACGUAUUGCUUACUUUGAUUAAAACACACUCUUUGUGCAUUUUUCUCCCUUAUCAAACUACAAAACAUGAAGUAGCUGUGAUAUAAAUGAAUAUCAGUUGCUGAGAAGUUUCUUGGGAAAGGAGAUAUGCAAUGGAACUGAUAUGCAAGCUGUCAGCAUGGAAGCACAAGCAAUACUUAAAGCUCCCUUUUUAUGCCUUCUUUUAAAAAAAGGUAGCUACUUUGUCUAAUCUUAUUGCCAAAUUUAUUGGUAAAGUUCUUUAAAACUUUGCUGGUGCUUUUAACUGCCUUAUUUUACCACAUUGCAUGUUUUUGCCUUCCUUUUAGCUGCUUGAAAAACACAAGCUUAGCGCAUAGCUGCCAAGUUUUCCCUUUUCUCACGAGGAAGCCUAUUCAGCAUAAGGGAAAAUCCCUGUAAAAAAGGGAUAACUUGGCAGCUAUGGCUUAGCGGUCUUGGUGUGAGGGAUGUACCAUGGUUCUAUGCUCACUGCUUUAAAAAGAAAUAUACCUAGCAGCAAGAUGAGUGUAUGCUAAUAAUGAAGGGAAGUGCACACGAUAUCCAUCUUCACAUGAUUAGUUUCUUAAGGAUAGAAGAAUCACCCUUAACUCAAAUUGGCCUAAUAGCGCCAUCAGGUUCAUUGGUGGAAGGGCGGAAAUAGCUCCAAAAACACAUAAUAAACUGCUAGUCCCUGUUGCCUCUUAUUUUUUUACCAUCACUGCUCACCACAUUGAUGCUUUCAUCAAGCAGCUACCUCAUCAAUGCAUAUGGGAAGGUCCAUUGUCCAAUGUGAGUCAUUAGAACCUGCAAUCUAAGAAGAUGACAGGAAGCAACCUCUCCUUUGAUGAAAAUUUCUGGGAUGUUGUUCUUAUUUGGUGUAGGUAAAGUGGCCCAAACAGCCCCUGAGAAAUUGCCAAAUUGGAGGAAGACAUGAAAUAGAAGUUAAGAACUGUUUUUUCAUAUCUGACAGCAUGAGUGUUACACAACCCACAGUAAGAGCAGAAAAAAAGUUAACAUUGUGAAUAGAUUAUUUUUUAAUCAAAUAAACAGGCAUUUCUGCUUUGUGCUGACAAGCUGAAAUAGGAUAUUUGAUCAAGAGCAGCAACUCAACAGCUCAGCUUGUCAGCUGCUACAGAAUUUGAACUGCAUCAAAGUAAGUGGACCUGAAUGUGGUUUUAAAAGGGUGAUAGCUUUUUAACCGUAUACAGCUGAAUAUGUAUUAUUGGCAGUAAAGACUGUAGUUCCUUUUAACUUCUCUGGAACAAACAAUAAAGAAACUGGUAAGUAUUGAAUUUAUGCUGCAUGGUAACUGAUCACACUUUUUGAACAUGAUCAGUUAUCUGCCCUCUUCAGGACAGCCUUCAGAGAAAGCACUCUUAUCACAAAUAUAAUUGCUUGUUAAAGUGUCGGUAUGCAUUUCACUUCAGUAUACAUGAGUCAUAAGAUGAGGUUUCCCACCCUUACUGGAACGUGCAGUCUGCAAAGCAAUUUGCCUUGGUUUUUAAAAUGCUUAAAAUCUCAGUUUUCCCUUUAGCUUUAAAUAAUAAUAAUUGCAAGUCUUCUUUGGUUGAAAAUAAAAUCUUUCUGCCCACUAGCCAGAAGACAAAUAUAAAGAGCUCUGAGGGGUUUUUAUAUUACUUUAGAGCUAAUUUGGCUGGGAUCCACAUUGCACAUAGUAAUGUGCCUGCUCCUCCCAAGACUGCUUGGUAUGCAACUCCUAUUAAAGGGUGUCUCCUUGGCUCAGGAAGUUUUUAUAUCAUUGACAACUUAGGACAGCAUGUGCUAAUAAGAUGUAUGCUAUGCAGGCACUUCUCCAAUUCUGCUUCAUAGAGGCUCAGCAAAAGAAGCAAGAGUGGAAGUGAUUUUAGAAAUGCACAUGAAUUUGAGGUGUGCCAUGUUUAGUGGCCUAGUGUCAGUAAGUGGAACCCACCAGUUGACAAGAACAUGUCUCAAAAAUGGUUGACUUCCUGCUGGUACAGAGAAUGCAAACACCAUUCUGACAGCAUCUGGAAAAGAAGAUGGCUGCAAACCAGGCUUUUGUUUACUUGGAAAGUUAAUCUUUUACAUUUGAACUGCAGAGAUUGGGACCUACAGUUGUGAAUAUAGCGUACUCCAGGAUUCUCCUGAAAUUUGGCAGCUGUAAUGCAUGCAAAAGAUGCAAAGCCUUAAAAGAGCUCAAGAGCUCAGUGGAGACAAAAAUGAUGUGAUAAAAUGGACAUAGGAAUCCCUAUGAAUUCACACCACGUUGAUCCCCCAGCAUCUCCAGGCAGAGCUGGAAAUGUCUGCAUCUAAAACUCAGUCAUCCAGAGCCACGGCCAGUCAAGCUUGACAAUUCUGAGCUAGGUAGCCCAACGGCCUGAACUGGUGUGUGUGAUUCUGUAUCUGCAGCCCAAUCCCAGGCAUAUUAACUAUAGAGCUCACUGAGUUCAGCAAGACUUGAGUGUGUAUAAGAUUGCUGCCUAUCUGAGAGUAAUUCUACUAAACUAAACUAAACUAAACUUCUGAAUGCAUAGGAUUGGGCAGCUAGAACUAUGUAUGGGUGUGUGAGUCAAUUUGGUUUGUUAGAUUUGUAUUAUCCUAUUAAAAUGGAUGGGCAGUUACUAUACCACCCUCAUGUGAUACAAAAAGGCUAACUUCUAAAGAAAAACUGCAUUGAAUAUAACAUAUAGGACAGCAAGUGAUAUUAAUAUAAGUAUAGGCUGUGUACUCCUAGUGGGGAGUAGAGCCCCUGAGAAUUCAGGGCAACUUACUUCUAUGCAAUUAUGCAUAGGACUGGGCUUGUAAAGCCAAGUUGGCCAAACACUGAUCUGUUUAGAGCUGUGGUUAGCCUCAAAGUGAUCUGUCUGGAGGCUAACCACAACCCCAAACAGUUUGAUGAGACUUAGAAUGAGGUGGAGCAGCAGCAAAUUGCUUCCUUCAUACUUCUCAGCACUUUGAUCACCUCUCCCUGUCCCUAGCCAGUCCAUGGCUACUGCAGUGAAAAUCAGGGAAGCGUGUAUGUGUGUGACAAUGGGGAUCAGUUGGCCAAUGCACUGUUUCUAAAUGUGCUGGUUGAUGCAGCCAGUGCUGGCUCCAGGUUUUGUGGGGUGCUCGUGCAUGAUGUCCACAGUGUGUUCCUUCUAGGGACCUGCUUCCUUGCCCCAGUCCCCACUGCCAGUUGCCCUCUCCCUUUGGGCCCAUUACUGCUUAGAAGCAUAGCUGCCAAGUUUUCCCUUUUCUCGCGAGGAAGCCUAUUCAGCAUAAGGGAAUUUCCCUUUAAAAAAGGGAGAACUUGGCAGCUAUGCUUAGAAGGAGAGGACAAGACAAGUGAAGCCUGUUGCUCAUUUUCCUUGCUCUCAUCACCCUUCCUGUUGCUCCCCACCACUCCUUAGAAAGAUUAGGGGAUCAGUUAAAAGGAAGUGAAACUUGAAAGUCAAUUAAAAUCACUUUAGGAUGCCUGGAGUUCAUUUAAAACCACAAUAAUAGAACCUGAAAGAAAAUGAAUACUAAUGAUUAGGAAAGUGACAUGUAACCCAAUGUGGUUAAUAAUAAGAUUUAAAGGAGCUGUAAAAGAUUGGAGGUUGCCCACCCCUCAGGUAGAUGCACAGGCCCUUAUUCUGAUCUAGCAGGGCUCUCUAUUUUCUUACACCUUUAGGGAAAUUGUGGUUGCUUUCACCAGGAUUGAAAUCAGUGCAAAUUUACUCAUUAUUCUAAACUGUGGUGAUGAGAUCUAGAAUUUAGGACAGUUCCAUAUUAUUUUGUAAGUGGGAUUCAACUCUGCCAUUAAAGUGGAUCUGGAGCUCUUGCACAGCAAACCUGCUUCCAAUUAAAAUAAAAUAGAAUUUUCAGGGUUAAGGAAAAUGUGGACUAAAUUGGUUGAUGUGAAAUCAUAGAACUUCCUGGCAGAUCGGAAUGCUCAAUAAACUGCUGGCAUCAUAUAACCUCCUUGCAAGCAAAUCAGACUGAACACUUAAUACACAAGUGAUGUGGAAGAAACUUUAGUUGCCUUCCCAUAAUUGUUAAUCCUUUUCUUCAUGCCACUGUUUACCUUCUGUGUUCUAAGACUUGGAUUGCAAAGCUCUGUAAUAAUAGGGAGACACCAACUGCCCAUCCAUGGUUUUUGAACCUCAACCUCAUUUAGGUGUUGGCACCAGACACACAGAGAUAAUAACAGGAGCUAGUUUAUAACCUCCCCUUCCUAAUUCACAAUCUUUCUUCUUUGGCAAUCACUCGUAGUCUAGUAAGAUUGUCUUCCAUAAACACGGUCAAUGAGUCCGUAAGUGACUGUGGAGGCCAAUUCUGGAUCUGCAUGUCCUUCCACAGUGGGGACAUUGGUUUCCAGGCGGGAAUUGACCAUGGUGUGGAUUGGCCAAGCGUGCCUUCCUCUUAGCACGUUUCUCCCUUGCAUCCUGAGAUCGAGUGUCUUCAAAGCCCAUGACACCUUUGGUGU